AUGAACAUCCAUUCAGUUUGGAUAUGUCCAAAACGGAGCUCUGGUCAUGUCGAAAAAAUCUACGGCAGAAAAGCAGACGAAAACGAUAGUACUCGUAUUGUGAGGUUGAACCACGAAACCGAGUUUGUCACUGGGAUCAGCGGAGAGAAGUCGUACUCUGGUCUUUCAUCUCUACGUUUCAUACAAACGAGAGAAAGCACUUGGCCUUUCACGCGGAAAUGA